CUAACUGUUUGAUUUUAUUUGUUUUGAUUCCACAUUUUUAUUCCCAUCUUUCUAUGUCACCUUUCGUUUUUUGGACAAGCAUCAGAAGGCAGCAACCGGAAUACAAUGCCCACAAUAAUAGCAUUGGAUGUGUCGCUGUCCAUGCAAAGGACUAUUCCCGGACGCAGUGAAGAAAAUGCCAUUACCUAUCAUCAAUUGGCGUUGAAGGGUAUUUCUCAACUACUGGAAUAUCUAUCCGUGUCCAAGUUGGAAUAUGUUGCCCUACUAACGUAUAGCAGUAAUUGUGAACUGAAAGUGGAUUUUACCCGAGACUAUGAUCAAAUAAAGCAAGUGGUAAAGAAAGUGGAAGCUGUCGACAAGCUGUGUCUAAUGACGCUAAUGAAAAAUGUUGGCAGUAUCUUCACCUCGAAUUGGGGUGCUCAGUCCCAGUGUCAGGUUAUUGCAUUUACCGAUUGUGGACUGGGUUUUGGCAGCACUUCGAUUAAGACAUUCCUACAAAAUUAUACCGGCAAGGAGCAUGAACCGGAGUAUGCAUGGGUUAAGACAAUAAAACCGGUUAAAUGGAACUUCAUUUGCCUGGGAGUGCAUGCAGAUAAUUAUUUCACACGGGCGGUGGGGGUGUAUCAACAGUUGUUGGAUUUAACGGAGAUUAAGGGUCAUCUUUAUAUGCCCAAGGCGCCCAAGGAUUUGGAGUCCUCAGAUGCAUCCAUCACGGAGACGUUGAAGAAUCCUUUAGCUGGACAUAAAAGCGAACUUGGUCGCACGGCCAUGUUUGAAAUGAUUGAAAAGCUGUGCGAAACAAAUUACAAACCCUAUGAGGUAUUGCUAAAAUGUGGUGGUUACUUCCGACUGGAGUGUCAGGUGAUUCUAUGGCCUCCACCCCUGCCAUAUCAGCCGCCGGAGAAUGAUAAAGCCACCCCCAUAUCAUUGGCUCCCAAACUGGAAAUCUGUGGCUAUUUGUCCUUGUCAGACAUUGGUUCACCAUCGUCCCUGAGCCGCCAUUUGAUCAUACCCAAAAUUGAAAGAGAAAAACCAAGUCGUAGAUCUUCCGAUAAAUCGGGCAGUGCCAGCAAAAUAUCAACAGAUAAAAGUCCCAAACUCGAUGUAAAUAAUGUCAAUUAUGAAUAUGAAAAAUUGGAACAAGACAUACGAGAUUUCUACAAUAAAGAUGUUAAGGAUUCGGAAGAUGCAAUGGGCCAGGCAACAGAGGAUGGUGACAAGAGUUCGGCAAAUGCGACUCCUUUAAAUGAGAUGCAAAAGGAAUCAAUGUGUGCUCUACUGCAUGGCGCAUUGAAGGUGGAGAAUUUAGCCGCUCUGGUAUUGUUAAAUCCUGAAAAUUCUUGGUAUGGCUUCCUCUACUCCUAUGCGGACAGCAAAAAGAAAUCGAAUCUUAUGUUGAAUAUUUUGCCACCCGGCAGUAAUGUAAUACCCUGGUUGGGUGAUCUGCAAAUGUUGGGCUUUGCCGAGGAUGUACUGCCUGGCGAGACAGCAUCCUUCCCCGUUAAGGCUGAUAAACGUUCCUAUUCUCAGAGCUGUGUGGUUUGGAUAAAUCGUGUCAGUUUACAAUCGGAUGUACAAAAGGUUUUGCGGCAUGCCAAAAAGAUGCCGGAGAAAACACAACAUUUCUACAAGGAACUCAAUCGUAUACGUCGGGCAGCUCUUUCCAUUGGUUUUAUAGAGUUACUGGAGGCAAUGGCCACACUUUUCGAUAAAGAGGCGAUAAAUCUUACUGCCCUCAAUGCCAAUCCAGAAUGUAUGGUCCAGCUAAAACAUGCCUCAUUGGAAUUGAGAAAACCAGCAAAUCGUGAUUUAAAGGUAUCCAUUGUCCCCGUGCCAGUGCAAACAGUUAAUCCCACUGCUCAAGGUGUCCCACCCGGAGUGCCACCAGCCGCCAAUUUUGCUUUCAACUAAGCUCAAUUUGUUUAUAUUUGCAUGUAUUUUUUAUAAGGUGAUUAAGUAGCAAUAACAAAUACCCAUAUAGUUAUGUUAA